AGGACUAAGUUGCUGAUCACGUCCGCCUCCCCAAGUGCUGCAUGCGGACCCCGCCUUGUGGGACCGAAGCCAGCUCCUCGCGCAGGACCCUGCCCAGUAGGCUGAGUAGAUCGUCAGUCCGGUGUUGUCUUCCAAACCCGCAGGACCCAGGCUCCCGGAGAACAAGAAACCACCCAACAUGGCAUCGGAGAGUGGGAAGCUGUGGGGCGGCCGGUUUGUGGGCACAGUGGACCCCAUCAUGGAGAAGUUCAACUCGUCCAUCACCUACGACCGGCAGCUGUGGGAAGUGGAUGUGCAGGGCAGCAAGGCCUACAGCCGGGGCCUGGAGAAGGCAGGGCUCCUCACCAAGGCCGAGAGGGACCAGAUACUCCAGGGCCUGGACAAGGUGGCUGAGGAGUGGGCCCGGGGCACCUUCAAACUAAAUCCCAAUGAUGAAGACAUCCACACAGCCAAUGAGCGGCGUCUCAAGGAGCUCAUUGGUGACACCGCAGGGAAACUACACACAGGACGAAGUCGAAACGACCAGGUAGUGACAGAUCUCAGGCUGUGGAUGCGGCAGAACUGCUCCACACUCUCUGCCCUCCUCCGGGAGCUCAUCAAAACCAUGGUGGAUCGGGCAGAGGCGGAACAUGAUGUCCUCUUCCCAGGGUACACCCACCUGCAGAGGGCUCAGCCCAUCCGCUGGAGCCAUUGGAUCCUAAGCCACGCCGUGGCACUGACCAGAGACUCUGAGAGGCUACUGGAGGUGCAGAAGCGGGUCAACGUCCUGCCCCUAGGGAGUGGGGCCAUUGCAGGCAAUCCACUGGGUGUGGACCGGGAGCUGCUCCGAGCAGAACUGAAAUUUGGGGCCAUCACUGUCAACAGCAUGGAUGCUACCAGUGAGCGUGACUUUGUGGCCGAGUUCCUGUUCUGGGCUUCACUGUGCAUGACCCAUCUCAGCAGGAUGGCUGAGGAUCUCAUCCUCUAUGGCACCAAAGAGUUCAGCUUUGUGCAGCUUUCUGAUGCCUACAGCACCGGAAGCAGCCUGAUGCCCCAGAAGAAAAACCCAGACAGCCUGGAGCUGAUCCGGAGCAAGGCGGGACGAGUGUUUGGACGGUGUGCUGGGCUCCUGAUGACCCUCAAGGGACUUCCGAGCACGUACAACAAGGACUUACAGGAGGACAAGGAAGCUGUGUUUGAAGUGUCCGAAACCAUGAGUGCCGUCCUCCAGGUGGCCACUGGUGUCAUCUCUACAUUGCAGAUUCACCGUGAGAACAUGUGGCGGGCUCUUAGUCCUGACAUGCUGGCCACUGACCUCGCCUACUACCUGGUCCGCAAAGGAAUGCCAUUCCGCCAGGCCCAUGAGGCCUCUGGGAAAGCAGUGUUCAUGGCCGAGACCAAGGGGGUCCCCCUCAACCAGCUGUCACUGCAGGAGCUACAGACCAUCAGCCCCCUGUUCUCGGGCGACGUGAGCCACGUGUGGGACUAUGGGCACAGCGUGGAGCAAUACACUGCCCUGGGUGGCACCGCGCGCUCCAGUGUCGACUGGCAGAUCGGCCAGGUGCGAGCACUGCUUCGGGCACAGCAGGCCUAGGUCCCCCCACCCCACUCCCAAAUAAAGUGGACCAGAGAGGAGGCUGCUGCAUGUUUCCUGCCUAGCCUGACUCCUGCAGCGGUGGGCUUUCUGGGGCCUAUGGAGAGGCAGUGGAGGUCAUCAAGGAAGUGGAGAAACUGGACAGGGAUGGCAAGUCAUGGGGGGCAGUUUGCAUCUCAUCAGAGCCUCUGUGCUGCUGAGACCCCACCCCCUUUCACUGUGGGCAUCACAGUGACUUCUUGCCCUGGAUGGCUUAGCAGCACUGGCCUCCCUGGACCCCUAGUGGGACCUGAAGGGCUUGGUUAACCCAGUCAGUCAGUUCCCGUCUAUCCCUCCUCCCAGUGUCCCCUUGGCUCCCCUACUCCCACUCCCUCUUGCUUAACCCACCCUUCCCUGGACCAUCAGGCACAAUUUCAGGGCAUCAUGGGAUAUUGGAUGUAUGAUGCCUGGCACUGGGUAAGCUCCAUAUACAGGUUAAGAGGACGCAUCGCCACAGAGAGUGAUGUGCAGGGAAAUUCCCAGGCACUCCUGUGGAGGGUCACAGACAGGUGGUGCCAAAGUGGAGGGAGGGGUGCCACACUGAGUCAGCAAGGGGCCUCGGCCAGGCCUGGAGUACAGUAAGUGUUCAAUAGCAGUGAGUGCCCAGGGCCAGUGGACAUGCAAAGAAUUCUACACAAAUCUCACUAACACCCUAAAAUGUAAAUGUCUGGAAUUUACAUUUUAUUAACAACAAAGAUAAGCUAAACUCAAAGAAGAAUGAAUAAACCUUCCCAAGUGGUUCUGGGAGUAAUGAAAA